AUGACCAAGCGAAUAUGCAGCAGAUGCUUUAGACCUGAUAUUGAGAACGUCCCUAGUUUGNNNNAGUAUGAUUUUCAAAAUAAGGGUAUUGAAACUCCAAUAUAG